CAACAGUCCCUCACAUCUCAAGGGUACACCACACAGAUUUCAGGUCCAACAUGGCCUCGUUAACGCAUGUGGUUGCUUCCAUCCUACUGCUGUCCACAAUAACGUCAGCGCAAAUGAGAGGGGACUAUUCACCGUCGCAAGAUAUGUGUAACCCAAAUGAUGGGUUUGGGAAAUACUGCCCUACCACAUGUGGAGUUGCUGAUUACCUACAGAGGUACAAGCCUGAUAUGGACAGACAGCUGGAUGAAAUGGAACAGGAUUUGGAGGAGAUCGCGAACCUUACCAGAGGAGCACAGGACAAAGUGGUCUACCUGAAAGACUCAGAAACACAAGCACAAAAACAAGCACCAGAUACAUACAUCAAAAAAUCUUCAAGCAUGCUGGAUGAUGUACUGCGAUUUGAGAAGAGCAUUCUCGCUCAGGAAGAUCAAAUAUAUCAACUGCAGUCAAUCCUACAGGCUAAUGAGAAACGAAUAACUGAUUUAAAGCAGAUGUCUCUCCAGCUGGACCAGUUGUGCAAAGAGCCCUGCAAAGACACUGUGGAGAUUCAGACAGUCACAGGCAAAGAUUGUCAGGACAUUGCAAACAAAGGUGGUAAGGUCAGUGGGCUCUACUAUGUGAAACCAGCCAGGGCUCCUGAGGCGUUCCUGGUCUACUGUGAGAUAGACAGCUUUGGACGUGGAUGGACUGUACUUCAGAGGAGACGGGAUGGCAGCGUUGACUUCAACAAAAAGUGGAUUCAGUAUAAGGAAGGCUUUGGGUACCUCUCACCAGAUGACAGAACAGAGUUCUGGCUGGGGAAUGAGAAGAUACAUCUGCUGUCGGUUCAGUCCAGCGUGCCUUAUGUGCUAAGGAUAGAGAUGGUCGAUUGGGAAGGCAACAAAAAGUAUGCCGACUACGCCACUUUCAAACUUGGACCAGAAGUUGAUGCAUACCGCUUGACGUAUGCUUAUUACUUUGGCGGAGAUGCUGGUGAUGCCUUUGAUGGUUACGACUUUGGCGACGAUCCCAGUGACAAAUUCUACACAUCCCACAAUGGCAUGCAGUUCAGUACACCUGACAAAGACAAUGACAAGUUCGGGGAACACUGUGCCUUGCAGGAAGGGUCUGGUUGGUGGAUGAACCGCUGCCAUGCUGCUCAUCUCAAUGGAAAAUACUUCCAGGGUGGCAAGUACACAGAGAAAGACACACAGCAUGGAUAUGACAAUGGCAUUAUCUGGGCCACGUGGCACAGUCGCUGGUAUUCUCUGAAGGAGACCACCAUGAAGAUCAUUCCCAUUAACAGAGUCGUUGCUGGAGGGCAGGAAAGCGGUGCCAAGCAAUUUGGAGGUCUGGGAGACAUUUAAAGACCUUACCAAAGCUCUCCCCAUUGUUCUGAGAUAUCAUUUUGUUUUUGUGAAGCAAUUGUUGAAAUACAUGGGAAUGACAUGGGCAAAGUAUUUUCAAGUGAGUGUAAACAUGUCUAUGGGUGUCUGAUAUUUUCCAUUCUUCAAAAAUUAGGUCUGCAAAAGCUUCGUACACAAGUCAUGUUGGUCAUGUUUUUAAGUUUGAUCAACUCAUUUAAAAUGAAAUGGUCUAAUGCAUUGCACCUGUCAAUUAAUUAAUAAAAAUUCUGUCUUUUGUAAAUGAAA